CGUAAAAAAAAGAAAGCCCGAAGAAGAAAGAGGAUGUGACGUAAUAGGGAAAAGGAAAGAUGGCGGACAGCAACAAUAAGCUGGACUUCACUUUGAUAGAACUCAACGCUGCAAACUGUAAAUCAGAAGAGGAUAACCUCCGUGGAUCCUCGGCCACGGUGGAGCUGCGGGAUAACCGGCUGGUGUGCGUGGAGUAUCCCGCAGUGGUGAAGAGCGCCACCAACAUGCUGGCGACUCUGGGAGGAGAGCACACGGUGUCAAAGACGUACGCUAACCCCAACCGCCGUAUCGAGCUGCGUUUCCGGCCUCAGGAUCCCUUCUGUCACCCUCUGUGUGGCAAUCGCUUCCCCUCAGCAAACCUCCUCCUCAGAGUGCGACGCAGAGUGGGGAAAAAGGAUCCGAAAGAUGUGGAGAUCCACAUGGAUCUGCUUGGAGUCAUCACCACAACUUAUAAAUUCCAAGGGAUGGCUGACUUCCAGUGCCUGGCUGUGCACACAGCAGCAGGAAAAGACACCUCUCUGUAUAACAAGAUCAUCCUCCACAAAUCUGAGAACCAAGCCUUCUUUGAGCAGCCGAUGCCUUACUUCCUGCCUCCGGCCAUCUUUUCACGCCUUGACACGCCGGUGGAUUACUGCUACCGACCCGACUCCUCCUGCAACCUCUUCCCCAAAAACAACAACAGCAACUUCAUCAGUCUGAAUCGCAUACGUCGGCCCAACAACGCCAUCUUUGUCAGUUUCUCUGACCCCACUGUUCCAUCCACAUGUCUGGAAGCAGCCAAAGUCAACUGGACCAAGGCCUGCGUGAAGGACUUUGAUAAAGUGGCUGAGGAGCGAAUAAAAGAGAUGUUCGAGAGUCGACUCAUCUGGUCCAGGAACGCAGUCAGGGCCAACAUCAACCUCCACCCAGAGAAACUGAAGCUGCUGCUGCCGGUUUACGCCUAUUACAUGGUAACAGGGCCGUGGAGAAGCCUGUGGGUGAGGCUUGGCUACGACCCGCGAAAAGACAGAGAGGCCAAGAAGUACCAGAUGCUGGACUUCAGGAUCCGGUGCAGCACCAAAUAUGGUUAUUCACCAGGUGACGUUCCUGUCAAAGCUAAGAGAAGCUCCCUGGACUACAGUCUGCCCAUCACACUCAACAAGGCAGGUCCUCAUGCAGCCAGUCUGAUGGAUCUUCCAGGUAAGGAGGGUCCGAGUACCAGUCAAGAUACAGCACCGGUGAUCUACCAGGUGAAGGAGUCGUCCUACGUCUUCAGAGAGGGUAUGCUGCCUCCUCACAGGCAGAUGUUUUACCAGCUCUGUGAUCUGCAUGUGGAAAGUAUUAAACAGGUGAUUGAUCAAAAAACUGAAGACGAUAUGGAGUGUAACGAACGUGACGGCUGGUGUGUCGUUGGCACCACAGACAAGCUGAGGGACAUCAUCUCAGAAAUGAUCAUUAAGCUCGUCAAGGCCAAGAAACAAGAUUUGCCUGUCAAUCCACGGAAAAGCACACGUCAACACAAAAGUGUGAAGUCAACAGUGUACAGUGAUUAUGAUGUUGAUGAUGAUGAUGCUGAGGAGGAAAACGAUGAUGGGGACGACGAGGACUUUCAGCCGUCUGAGGGAAGUGAGAACGAGAUGGAGACAGAAAUUCUGGAUUAUAUGUGACACUGAUGAAGAGACUGAACAACUGUGAUAUUUGUUUUUGUAUUACAAUAAUUAUACUGAAAAUAUUAAAGAUUUCUAGUUUGGUUAAGAGACUGUU